AGCCCCGCGCACAUAUAGGCUGCCCGCCGCACUCUGCGCGCCGCCGCCGCCUUCUCCAGGCAUGGCACAGGGCUCUACCUCACUAUGGCAGCAGCGCGGCACAGCACCCUGGACUUCAUGCUUGGCGCCACAGCUGAUUGUAAUGCCGUUCUUAAAGCUCUACAGCCUGUUUUUCAAGAGCAGGGAAUGACAGAAACAGUUCAUAACUGGGAAGAUCAUGGCUAUUUGGCAACCUACAUCAAAAAAAAUGGCAGUUUUGCCAAUUUGAGAAUUCACCCUCAUGGAUUAGUGUUGGUGGACCUGCAGAGCUACAAUGAUCAUACAAAAGGAAGAGAGGAAACUGAUCAGCUUCUAAACAAAGUAGAAGAAAGAAUGAAAGAAUUUUUUCAUGGCAAUCUGAAAAGGGUAAAGCGAUUGCCAGCCAUUUUGAGAGGAGGUGUCAUCGAUAGAUACUGGCCCACAGCCGAUGGGCGCUUGGUAGAGUACGACAUAGAUGAAGUUGUUUAUGAUGAAGAUUCACCUUUUCAGAACAUUAAAAUUCUGCAUUCGAAACAGUUUGGGAAUAUUCUUAUUCUCAGUGGGGAUGUCAAUCUGGCAGAAAGUGACUUGGCAUAUACUCGAGCCAUAAUGGGCAGCGGAAAGGAAGACUACACUGGCAAAGAAGUGCUGAUCCUUGGAGGUGGUGAUGGGGGUAUUCUGUAUGAGAUAGUCAAACUGAAGCCAAAGAUGGUUACUAUGGUAGAGAUUGACCAAAUGGUGAUCGACGGGUGUAAAAAGUACAUGCGUAAAACAUGCGGAGAUGUCUUAGACAAUCUGAAAGGAGAGUGCUAUCAGGUUCUAAUUGAAGACUGUAUUCCUGUACUGAAGAGGUAUGCCAAAGAAGGAAGGAUGUUCGAUUAUGUAAUUAAUGAUCUGACAGCUGUUCCAAUCUCCACAUCUCCAGAAGAAGAUUCUACGUGGGAAUUUCUGCGAUUGAUUCUUGACCUCUCAAUGAAAGUCCUGAAGCAAGAUGGAAAGUAUUUCACACAGGGAAACUGUAUCAAUCUGACCGAUGCCUUGACUCUGUAUGAAGAACAACUUAGUAGGCUUUACUGUCCUGUGGAGUUUUCAAAAGAAAUUGUGUGCGUUCCCUCCUACAUGGAAUUGUGGGUGUUCUACACUAUUUGGAAGAAACAAACUGAAGUCUGAACAUCAAGAUUAUUCUAAAUGUACAUGCUACAUGAAGCAUAUAGGCCUGCGACAUGGUGCAUAUUGGCAUCUGGAACCUUUAAAUUAUAUGCUGUAGAUGAUCCUGAAACUUAGUCAUGCUAUUGAUUGUGAAUUCUUUUAAAUGUUUUUUUUUUUUUUAAUUGUUAUUUUAAUUUAAAAGCAAAUGAAAAAUGUAUAUUUUGAUGAGCUAGGGUGUUAUUUUUGAAAGUCAACUUAAAGAUGAGUAAGCAGCAAAACUGUGUAGCUGCUGAAUGCACUGAACCUUUAGAAUGUGAUCCUCUUUAGUUUUUGUAGAUCUUCACAAACUUAUUGAUUAAAAAAGACAUCUUGAGCAUUUCAUCCCUGAGGGUGGUCCAUGGAGCUUGCUUUUUUUUUGUUUAUUUUUGACCAGAUUAUUUUUUUAAUCUGUAGUGCUUUUGAUGACGGAGGGCUUUUUUUUGGUAGUUCAAAUUUGAUACUGCAGUGUUUCUGCUUAGAGAAGACAGGCAUAACAAAAAAAAGAAAAAGGGGUGGGAGAGUGGAAUGGGACCUCCUGAAAGAAUACCCCCACAUUCUUCAUUGGAAAGGGAAUAAAGCUAGAAAGCUGAUUUUAAA